GGCGCCCGCGCUGGACGAGGGCACGCGCCACGAGCUGGCUCGCGCUGCCCACAUGUUCGAGGAGGUGCAGAGCGCAGCCGACAGGGCCGAGGACGCGGUCAGGCUCCUCCUCGACACUGUGGCGAAGGCCAAGGCGGCGGAGGACGACGCGAUCGCUG